AGGAAUACGUAAGACAAGAGGGAAAGCAGAAGGAAGAAAGUAUUCCUGAAUUAACAGGGAGAUGCUUUAUUAAUUUUAUAAUCUAAGACGAUUAUAUAUGUCAAAAAGGAAAUAAAGCGAUAUGAAGACAGAUUGAAGACUGGAAAAUUAUUUGAAUUAACGAAGUUUUCCUAUGAUAUAGCAAUGUAAGGUUGUAAGGUUUAUAUAUUACAAAAUAUAUAUACAAUAUCAGGAACGUAAUAGUCGUCUUGAAAUGAAAAUGAUAAGGCAUAUAUUCAUAGUGACAAAAUUUUCAUGCAUAAUUUACACAUUGAGUAAAAAGACAGUUUAACAUAACAAAUUAAUAUAGAUAUAUCAGUAAUAUAUAUAUUUACUAAAUAACUUCAUAUUGUUAAGGAUUUUGUUUAACGGGAAUACGAUUUUAGAAAAUGGAUGUAAACAUGACUUUGAUUUCUACUAAAAAGGUUUUUGACAAGUACAAUAUUUCAACUAAUUUUUCAUCCACUGGAGUACCACAUUUUGACGAAUAUGAUUACGAAUAUGAAUAUGAGGCGGAUCCCGGAAAUAUUCCCAUAGAACAGCUGAUUCCUGUUUCAUUAGUAUACGGUAUUACAAUGGUGCUUGGAUUGCUUGGCAACAGUUUAGUAAUUGUGUCCGUAGCAAAGUUUAAGAACAUGCAAAAUGUAACAAACAUGUUCCUGUUAAGCCUAGCUACAGCGGACCUAUUGCUUAUAAUGAUCUGCGUACCCAUCAAGUGUGCUGCCUUUUUUUCAUACAUAUGGCGAUUCGGAGAGGUGCUGUGUAAAUUAGUUCACUAUGUACAGAAUGUGUCUAUACUUUGUUCCGUCAUGAAUCUCACAGUUCUGAGCUUAGAGAGAUAUUACGCUAUUAUUCAUCCUAUACGAGCGAAAUGUGUGAGUACAGUAACAUUAGCGAAGAAAACAAUUGGUGUAAUCUGGUUACUUAGUUUCAUAAUGGCGACUCCAAUAGUCAUUGGAAGGGUUCACAAACCGGUUGGAAAUGGAAACACUACAUUUUAUUGGUGCAAGACUCACUGGGAAUAUCCGAUAUAUGGACAGCUAUAUGGAGUAUACAUGUUCCUGGUUAUAUUGGCAAUACCCUUAUUGCUGAUGGUGUUUGCGUACUCAUGCAUAUGUCAUCGUGUGUGGAUACUUCAUAGACAACGUCCAAGGGUUGUUCAACAAACCAAACGAAAUAGAACGCCGAUUCUUCAGCCUACAGAAUCAACAUGUAUACCACUUCAAACCCGAGGAGCGUUGAAAGAGAGUCCCUUAUUGCGGAGAGUAACAAAGAAGGGCUGCACUGUUCUCAAUGAUUAUAAAACAAGGCAGCAGGUCAUAAAGAUGCUUGUAGCAAUUGUGGUUUUAUUCAUGGUCUGCUGGGGACCAAUCACCGUGAACAAUCUGCUUGUUGCCUUCGGUUACCUUGACGACCUACAUCAAGGCUAUCUUAGACCAAUGAGAAUAACAUUCUUCCUACUAUCAUAUUUCAACAGCUGUACAAACCCUCUUGUAUAUGCCUUUAUGUCAAGACAUUUUAGGAAUACUUUUAAACAGACUUUAUUUAUGUUAUGCCGCCGAUACACUAUUUUACGUCCACAGCGACCAUUAACACGUUUAUCUACGGAUCAUCGUUCGGCAUCUUUCCAGUCAGGUCAUACAACAUCGAUACAAGCUAGUAGAACAAUGCAUACAAUGUACGAUUUUAGGAAUGUCGGUGGUACCGACCAGUACGGCAGCCAACGAAACUUGAAUGAUUUUCACAAACGACAUAUUUCACAAGGACCGGAGGAAAUCCCGCUUAAUUCAUUACGGAAGGAAUAUCAAAAACAAAAAAUAAAAACUAAUUGUAAAUGAGAUCAUCUUUAUAAAUUUAUCAUUCCCCGAGUGUAUACGUUCUGUGCGACAAUAUACUAUUUCAGCAUUAUAUUUACUAUUUCCUGUAUAUCUAUCUUUGUCUAUUAUGAUCAUACUCUUUAGUCUGUUUCAAAGAGGUUUUUGCAAUUCAGUAUGCGUUUGAAUUGUAACCAUGCGAAACUAGGAAGUUAUCAGUAACUGUUGCUGGUUUGAUGGUAUUGAAGUUACAGUUAAUAAUUCCAUAUGUUAAGAGUUUUCUGAAACUGAACUUGUAUGAUGUUCAGCUUCUUAUCAAGUACUACUUGACAAAAGGAAACUGUAAAAUUAACCAUGUAUAUACACUAUCGAAAAUUGCAACAUAGAUUUUCAUUGUAUUUGACUUGUCAUGUGACAUCAUUUUUGACAGUAAACACGAAUAAAACAGUUUCCUUUGUUUACACAUGCAAAGAACCAUUGUCGUUAUACAAAUACUUAAAUAAUAAAAAUCUCAUCGUUACAUUCUUUCAAGACAAGAGUUUUACAUUCCGUUCGUACACAACGUACAAUUCUAAAAUAUUUUCAAUCUGUGAUUAUCGUUCAUUUUCUAAUAAAAAUAAAGGAAGUACGUAAAGGAAGGAUUUCCUGCAGUGGUGAGUAACAGAUAGAACAUCAUCCGAAUGUACACCGUAAUGGCUAUAAUGGGAAAUAUAUAAGCCGGACCAGCAAGAUUUGAAUUCAUGGUGCAACAAUUUUGGCAUAUUGUCGAUUAUGAGGGUUACAGAUAUACAACAUUAUACAAAUCAUCAAGAAAAAAAUCAAAAUAAAUAUUCAGGGAUUUAUUCUUAUCAAAUAUACCAUGUAAAAAUGUCGAACCAUUGUCGUUAUACAAAUACUUAAAUAAUAAAAAUCUCAUUGUUACAUUCUUUCAAGACAAGAGUUUUACAUCCCGUUCGUACACAACGUACAAUUCUAAAAUAUUUUCAAUCUGUGAUUAUAGUACAUUUUCUAAUAAAAAUAAAGAAAGUACGUAAAGGAAGGAUUUCCCGCAGUGGUGAGUAACAGAUAGAACAUCAUCCGAAUGUACACCGUAAUGGCUGUAGUGGGAAAUAUAUAAGACGGACAAGCAAGAUUUGAAUUCAUGGUGCAACAAUUUUGGCCUAUUGUCGAGUAUGUGGGUUACAGAUAUACACUAUUAUACGAAUUAUCAAGAAUAAAGUCGAAAUAAAUAUUCAGGGAUUUAUUCUUAUCAAAUAUACCAUGUAAAAAUGUCGAAGCCAGUUGCAUUUAUCGAUAUAAUUAUAUACAAACUAUUUAAUACAACAGUUA